CAUUAAAUCAUAUGUGUAAUUUUUUGGAUGGUGUGUACCGGCUUCAUUUGUAAUUGGUAGACGAUUGAAAACCAAAAUAUUGCAAAUAUCUAUCGAAGUUGCUAGAUUUUGACCUGAGACGAGACGUGCAUUAGCAGAUAAUAGUUUUUGGCGACUAUCGCAGUAGUUUGCUUUUGACAUUUUGAGAUUAACUUAUGCCAUAAAAUGUGCAUUGUCAUAAUUUGAGUCCAUUGUAUUUUUCGUACCAUAUUUGAUUAAUAAAAACAUCAAGAGCGUAUAUUGUUAUUGUCGCCUUGCGAGUUUAGUCCUGGAUUUGAAUUCAACUUUAUCCAAAUUGUCUAAGGAAGAGCAAGACAAUCUAUUGCGGCAGCGAGAAGACGAGGUGAGAAGACUGAAGGCUCAAUUGGAGAGAUACAGAGGUCUCAAAGGGGCUAACAAAGACAGCAUUGCAGAAUCCGAAUUGUUCGAAGAGAACACGAAACUACUUUCACAGAUCUCUGAGUUACAGAAAAGGUUUGAGGACCAAAAAUCAUUGGAGAUGAUGGCGAGAAGAAGAGAAUCGACGGAGCGGGAAAAACAGCAGAAUCAUCCCCCGCCUCCUCCAAAUCCAGGACAGAAUUAUAAACCUAAAAAUGGCUUUGACCCCUCUGUCUUGGACAAGCUGAACAUGCAUAUUGAUGCACUCGAGAGAGAAUUAGAAAAGGAGAGAAAAAAGUCACAGUUGCUGAAACAGGACAAAGAUCGACUGAAAGAAGCCGUCACUGAGCUUCAAAUGAGAGAGAAUGAGCGAAUGCACAAUGGCACUACACAGUCAUCUGGGAGUGACUCAGAUGAAGUGAGUCAGCUCAAGGCGGCACUGGAGUCAGCCAAAAAGGAAAGAAUGGCAUUACAGGAAGACAGAGAGCGGGAGAGGAAAAUGUUCAUUGAAAACAACGCUAGAGGUGACAGAAAUAGAGUUGAGAUGAUGGAUCUGAAAAAGGACUUCGAUGACAUGCAAGCUGCGGUGCUUCAGUUACAGCACGAGCUCAAACUCAGAAACGAAACGAUUGUGGAUCUGCAGCAACAAUUGAUUUUCUUCCAAAACCUGGACAAGAAGAAGAGCGACCCGAGGUACAAUGAAUCAGAGUCGGGUGGUGGAAAGCCAGGUAGGCCGACUGCAUCUGCGAAAGAGGAAGUGGGAGGAGAAUCCCCGGUGUACGAGUGCUCUCGAUGUCAUCAGUAUUUCCAGGACAUGUCUCAAUUUCAAGGUCACAUUACGCAUUGUCUGGAGUUCCGACUCUUCCAUUCGAAAGGACGAAGUAAAAGUGUGGAGCCUCUCUCCCAACCGAAAUCCCAGUUGUCGACUGGAAAUCUAUCCAAACCAAGUCCUUUCCCUUCUUCGACUCUGGGCACAGACAAAGACAGUGGGUCGGCAAUUUUAACCAAGUAUUCGUACGACAGUUUGAGAUUAUCAGGAUUGACUAAUAGCUCGUCACAAUUGAAGAUAACGGCGAUCGAUAGUCGCCACGAGCAUCCAGGGAGCGACAGAGGUCGGGCAAACUCAAUUGGAGGCCCCAAGGUGAAUAGACGAGGGCCUGUUCAGAAAGGAAUUAACCAAGCUUUUGUUUAUGACCAGGAUAGAGGAAAGGCAUUUUCGAAUCCUCAUCUAUCGAGUCACCAGAAACAAAACUCAAUGGGAAGUUCAAUGGGAGGCUUUGAUUCGGAUUGGUCCGAUUACAAUUCCGCAAACAAUUUGAACAUUUCAACUGAGCCUGAAAGCAGCGAAGUUAAGGACAUGCCACAAAUUAGGCUCGAAUUGGCGGGAAAUAUGACAUCAAACAGUUCGGUGGAUCCCGAAAACGAUGAGAUUAUAAAACCGGUGGUACGCUUGAAAGUUUCGUCGGCACCUAGAGCAAUGUCUUCUCCGGUUAGUACUAGCCUCGACCGACAAAACGGAAAAGGAAAUGUACAGCCUGUUCGAGAGCAGACUUCACGAUAUGAUAUCGACAGAUCGAGAAGCCCACAGGCUCACCCAGCUUCCGACUUCCCAAACAACGUAAAGUUCCCCCCCGCGCAAAAUAACAACCAAAUACGUCAUUUGGGACAUGUUAAUCACAAUUUAAAGGCAAGAAACUCGCCAGCAAUUUCGAGUUCUUCAAGUGAUGGAGUUAGAUCAGCGUCUAUCAAUUUAAGAGAAGAAGUUUUAGUUAGAAAAGACCAACCGGACUCGGCCUUUUCACAAUUUUCUGAAUCGAUGAGUUCGAUGCCCUUGCAAAAGCCAAUACCUGGAAACAGAGGAGCAAUUCAAAAUCCGUUGCCUGUUGAUGAUGAUGUCAAUAGACGUAAGCUAAUGAGUCCAAAUUGUUCGAGCGACGAAUCAGACAGAAACGGAGUGGCACAUGAAGACAACAACGCUGAAGCCCGUCGGAUGUUUCUGGAAGCGAGCAAACCGGGUGCUGCAUUACAGGAUCGGAUCAAUCGCAAAGAAGCACAAGUAGGAAGGCCCCUAGAGCCGCUGACAAGAGGGAGCCUGCUUGCGGAACCGUUAAACGUGGAAAAAGGCCUGAUUCCGUCGAUGCAAAUACCGGGCUUUUCCCCCAUUGAAAACCCAAAUCAACUGGAUACCGCGCGACAUAUCAUUAGUCCAACUAUAAACAAUGUCCUUGAAGAUUCACAGCUACAAGAAAUAGAGCCCCAUUGGCCUGGCGAGAGAAGAUACGAACCAGCGCAUUCUUUUCAAGCUGACAUGCACAAAAGAUUAUUGCCACCAAAAAUGGAUAAAGAGAACCCGAAUGCUCCGAGGAGUUCAAAUGAAAGAAGACGAAGUAUAAAAUUCGAAGAAAAUGAGAGACUCGUUAAGGGGGCGGGGUAUUCCGGCAGCAGACCUCCAUCAGGAGGCGAUGUGCGGCGGCCUAAUGGUAGCGAAAAUCCAAGCUCUAUUUUGAAAAACAAGGCACCGGAAGGAGGCAUGCAGAUAGUUGACAACUUGGGCCCUGUUGAAGGGUCAUCUGAAAAUGGAAUGGAUCCGCCCAAAAGAGGGCAAAAGAAUAACAGUUUUCAACGUGGUUAUGAGUCCGAUUCGAAUAACAGUGGAAAGAUGAGCAGCGACAAGGAGAACUCAUUAAACCGAUCUAAACAAUCGAACAGAUCGAAAUCUCCGUCGUUUAAGAAUUUCAGAAACAGAUUUUUCUCUAACUCAGAUGACAAAAAGGAGAAAGAUAAACAUAAAGAUAAGAAAAACAAUACACAGGCUGGGAAAAGUCGAGACAAACGGGGUUCACGACCUUCAGUAAUGGCUCAGUCACCAUCGCCGGUCAACGACAGUUAUGCUUUCUCGGGCCACGAGCAAAGAGGACGCCCUAUGAAUAGCGAGAAUAGCGACAACCGAGGAAGGUAUAGGGGACCACAAGGUCCUGCACGAGAACAGAAUGGAUUCCAGAACGGUCCAGGACCAGAACAGCAAAUCUACCCUCCGCCUCAGCAUCGCCCGCAGUUCAGUGCUGAAAUGCGAGUCGGAAUUCCGACAGGACCUCAGUACAGGCCAUCGCGAGUCAGAUCCCAGCCGCCUGUUCACCAUGGACCCACACGACCUCAAAAUGCGGAAAUUACGACCGAUGUAUAAAAUUGUAAUGUUUUGUAACUAUUUCGAUUUUUAGAGACUAGACUCUUUUCUAGAAAUAUUUAUCACUGACCAUAUCAAAUAACAGUGAAUCUAUCGCGCAAAUGCCUUUGAGCAAAUGCUUUUUAUCAUUGCACAUAUCGGUUGCUUUUAGCGUUUAUAUAAUCUAUACUUAAAGUUUUACUGACAUUUUUCUGCUAAUUUAGUUUUUGAUUUUGUA